UAGUCAUGGCAACCUCCUGUCAAAAUAAAAAUCAUAAACAUUCAAAAAAUGGAAGAAAUCCCAUAGGAUUUACCUCAAAUUAUCAACAGAUCAGAGACAACAAAUUUAAUAAUUAAAAAAAUGACGAAUUUCGUACAGAGUAUUCACAUCAGAGAUGGCGAGUACACAAAAACAAUUUACACGAUGAUAAAAGAACAAAAAUACGUGGAAACAAUACAGAUAUUGUCGGAGCUGUUAGUAACUCAUUCUGAGUCUCGUCCAUGUCUGUCUCUCCUGGCCCACUGUUAUUUCUACACGCAGGACUUCCUGGCAUCAGCCGAGUGCUACGAGAAAUUGAUUCAACUGUGCCCCGAUGAAGACACCUACAGACUCUGGUACGCGCAAUCCCUGCACCAGGCAUGCCUGUACCCGGAAGCCUGGACAGUCUGUUCAAGUAUUGGUAACAACAGUACUCUCGAGUCUAAGGUGAAAAAACUCCAGGCAGCAAUAAAAUAUGGGCAAGAGGAUAUUCUAGCUGUGAAGAGUCUGAUCGACCAGUGCAACGCCGACGACGCCGACACCGAGGUCAAUCUCGGUUGUUUGCUGUACAAAGAGGGAGAGUACGAGAAGGCGUUAAAGAAGUUCCUGGGUGCCCUCCAGAUCACUGGGUUCAAGCCCCAUUUGUCCUACAACGUUGCUCUCUGUUAUUACAAAUUGAAAGAGUACGCAGCGUCCUUGAAACAUAUCGCGGAUAUAAUCGAGCAGGGGAUACGGGAACACCCGGAGCUCAGUGUAGGAGUGAUAACCGAGGGAAUAGAGGUUCGAAGUGUUGGAAAUACUCUCACCCUCCACGAGACAGCCCUCACAGAGGCUUUCAAUCUUAAAGCAGCGAUUGAAUAUCAGUUGCAAAAUUUUGAAGCUGCGAGGGAGGCCCUCACAGACAUGCCACCACGUUCUGAGGAGGAGCUUGAUGCUGUCACCCUCCACAAUCAGGCACUCAUAAAUAUGGACACAAAACCAGCGGAGGGAUUCGAAAAACUGCAGUUUCUACUCCAGCAAAAUCCAUUUCCACCAGAGACAUUCGCCAAUUUAUUGAUAUUGUACUGCAAAUAUCAGUAUUACGAUCUUGCAGCUGAUGUUCUUGCUGAGAAUGCUGACCUGACAUGGAAAUACUUGACACCAUAUCUUUACGACUUCCUGGAUGCCCUGAUAACCCAGCAAACAGCUCCGGAGGAGGCGUACAGGAAGCUGGAUGACCUGGCUAAUAAGCACUGCGAGGCACUUCGCAAAGCAACGAAACAAGUUCAAGAAGCUAGAUUAAAUCAUGAUGAGAAUGCUGUGAAAAAAGCAGUGAAUGACUACGAAGAGUCUCUGGAGCGUUACGUUCCAGUGCUCAUGGCGCAGGCUAAAAUUUAUUGGGACCUGGAGAAUUACGUGCAAGUGGAAAAAAUAUUCCGGACAAGUGCGGACUUCUGCAACGAUCACGACGUCUGGAGGCUCAAUGUCGCGCAUACGGUGUACAUGCAGGAGAAAAAAUUUGGGGAUGCCACAGGAUUUUACGAGCCCAUCGUCAAGAAGAAAUACGAUAAUAUACUCGACACGAGUGCUAUAGUCCUGGCAAAUCUCUGCGUCAGUUACAUUAUGACAGCGAAGAACAAUGAGGCAGAGGAUUUGAUGAAGAAGAUCGAGAAGGAAGAGGAGACUGUUGCCUUCGAGGAGCCAGACAGAAAAUUAUUCCAUCUCUGCAUUGUGAAUAUGGUAAUCGGUACUUUGUACUGUUCAAAAGGGAAUUAUGAGUUUGGAAUAUCGAGGGUGAUGAAGAGUCUCGACCCCUACAACAAGAAAUUGGGGACAGACACUUGGUUUUACGCCAAGAGAUGCUUUCUAUCCCUCCUGGAGCAAUUGGCGAAGCAACUGGUGGUCCUCAAGGACUCCAUUCUCCAGGAGUGCAUACAAUUUCUGGAGCACUGCGAGGUUUAUGGCAGAGACGUGCCAACAGUCACAGAACAGCCAUUCGUCUUAAAUGAAUUGUCACCGAUUCCCCAGGGGAAGCAGACGGUCACGUACGAGGCGAGAUAUCUGAAGGCGUUAUUCUUAAAAAUCCAGAGGUCGUAAUAAUUAAUUGAGAGUUGUUUUACGA